ACGAUUCCGGGACCGGAUUCGUCAUAUUCUUCCUUGGAGAUCCACAUUUGUUGGAAGGUAGAGAGGGAAGCCAAGAUUGAUCCUCCGAUCCAGACGGAGUAUUUACGCUCUGGUGGUGCAAUGAUCUUGAUUUUGAUGGUUGAUUGUGGUACCACCUGACAAGACAUUGUUGGCAUACAAGUCCUUACGGAUAUCAACGUCGCACUUCAUGAUUGAGUUGUAGACGGUUUCGUGGAUACCGCAUGAUUCCAUA